AUGCAAUCCUGCCACGGGCCGCCUCCGAUUCCCGAGUUUCCGAGACCUGGGUGGAGACAGAGGGGCGCGGACGGGAUCAGAGGGGCCGCGGGGGACCCUGGAGCCCGGCCCUCCCGCGGCGGGCUUCUCCCGGUCCAGGUGACCCGCACGCCCCCCAACCCGGCCGGCGCGCCCCCGCCCUCCGGGGCGCCCCGGUGGGUCCAUGUGCCCGCCGGGGGUGGCCGUGGCACCGGGCGCCCCGGAGGAGGCGAUGGGAGGGGACGGGUGGCCACCCCCCGGGGCCCGAACCGGCUCACCCCCACCUCUCGCAUUCCCGGCUGCCAACCAGCCGACCACACGCCCGCGCGUGCACACAUGCACACGCAGAGACACUCACACACACAUACAUGGCCAGGCGCGCUCCUGUUCUUAAAGGGCCAGGCCAUGGCAUCGCCCCCAUCCAACGCCGGUCCCGAAGUGGGGGUCCCCACUGGCGAUGCUGGAACCCGGGACCCCCCAACUACCACCAGGACCCCCCAAUUGCCGCCGGGACCCCCCAAUUACCACCAGGACCCCCCCCACCGGCCUUGGCUCUUGCCCCCUGCCACCCUCAUCCUCUCCACCUCCCCGUUGCCUGAACGGAGCCCGGAGCGGGGGCGGAAGGAAAGGAAGAUCCGGGACCGGGGGACCCAGGAGAUGGGACCCCGCAUCCCGAGGCUGACACACAAGCCCUCGUUCUCGCUCCCCAUCCUGGGGGAAUGCACCCAUUUUACAGGGGGAAACCGAGGCUCGGGGAGACUUCCGGACCCAGCGGUCAUCUCCAGGAAUGGGCUAGUCCUGGCAGCCCCCAUGGCGUUCAGUUGGUCACCCCGGUCGGCUCCCACAGGGCCGCAGUUGGGUGUCCCACAGCCGGCUGGCUUCCCCGUGGGCUCAGUUGGUGUCCCUUGGCCGGCCAUCUCCCACAAAGGCUGGGUGGCCCCCACAGGGGCUCGGGUGGUGUCCCAUGGCUGGCCGGAACCCAUGGGGCCCCAGUUGGUGUCCCCCGGCUGGCCCCCACAGGGCUUGCUGGGCGGCCCCGACUAG